UUUUAGUGCGAUUCUGAAAGGUUGGAAAAAAAAAAGAUUUACAAAGCUCAUCUCUCACUCAUCCUUCUCCUCCUCCCUACUACACCAAUACAAGAUGAUUUCCUCAACCUGUUGGGUGCCUAGAGGCUACGCCUCCGAAUUCCCUGAAAAGUACGAAUUGGAUGAUGCCGAAAUGGAAAGAAUCACUGCCAUGGCCAAUUUGGAAUUGAAUGACAGAAGAUUAGAAGACGAAGUUGAAGAUGAUGAUGAAGAAGAAUCAAAGCCAUCAUUGCAAGACCAAAUAGAACAAGACGACGACUUGAAAGAGUACGACUUGGAAAACUAUGACAAUGAAAACAACGACGAUGAAGAAGGUCAACAAGUAACGAUGUUCCCAGGCUUAUCCACCUCUGAUGCUGCCAUCCAUGGUAAGGAAGGUGAAGAUCAAUAUUUAACUUUACCAACCGAUGAAGAUUUGAAGGAAGAAAAAUUGGAAUCUCAAAUCUAUCCAACUGAUAACUUGGUAUUGGCAACCAGAACUGAAGAUGAUAUCUCAUACCUUGACGUUUAUGUGUACGAUGAUGGUGCAGGUGCUCCAGAUGGAGCUGAUGAAGAAGAAGAAGAUAAGUUUGAUGCCGAUGUGGCCAAGGGACUUGUAAGAGAAUCCAACUUGUACGUUCAUCACGAUCUUAUGUUGCCAUCUUUCCCUUUGUGUGUCGAAUGGAUAAACUAUAAGCCUGGUCAAUCUGAAAAUAAUGAUAACAACAUAGGUAACUUUGCUGCCAUUGGUACCUUUGAUCCUCAAAUUGAAGUUUGGAACUUGGACUGUAUGGACAAGGCUUUCCCAGAUUUGAUUUUAGGUGAACCACAUGAAAACUCUGCCGCUGGAUUGAAAAAGAAGAGUAAGAAGAAGAAGAAGUCCAAGCAACACGUGACUACACACCAUACUGACGCCGUUUUAUCGUUGUCUCAUAAUAGAGUUCACCGUAAUGUUCUUGCUUCCACAUCUGCUGAUCAUACUGUCAAGUUGUGGGAUUUGAACAAUGGUACUGCUGUCAGAUCUUUAGAUACCAUCCAUGAUCAAAAGACUGUCUCAUCUUCUCAAUGGCACGCUCAAGAAGCCUCCAUUUUAUUGACUGGUGGUUACGAUGGUACUUGUGGAUUGACCGAUGUUAGAAUCUCUGACGUUAGUCAAAUGUCCAAGAACUAUUCUGUUUCUAGAGGUGAAGAAAUUGAAAACGUCAGAUGGGGUCAUUCGCUGCAACCAGAACUUUUCUAUGCUGGUACUGACAAUGGUAAUGUGUACUGUUUCGAUGUCAGAUCUGUUGAAAAGCCAGUUUGGACUCUUCAUGCCCACGACGUGGGUAUCUCGUCUUUGGACGUAAACGCGCAUAUUCCAGGUAUGAUCACCACUGCUGCUAUGGGUGAAAAGACUGUGAAACUUUGGAAAUGUCCAACCGCUGGUGGUUCAGGAGGACCUUCCAUGGUUUUAUCCCGUGACUUUGGUGUUGGUAACGUUUUGACUUCAUCCUUCGCUGGAGAUAUUGAAGUUGCUGGUAACUUGACCAUUGGUGGUGUUAGUGGUGCAUUGAAAAUGUGGGAUGUUUUAUCCAAUAGAUCUGUUCGUCACACUUUCCGUAGUGAAUUGAGAGACAUGCAAAAGAAGGCCAGACAAGAUGCCAAGGAAGCUGGACGUGCUUCUAGAAUCGCUAGAAAAUACGCCAAUGAUGCCUCUGGUGAAAACGUCAUGACUGUUGAAGCUGGUGGAUUGGAGGAUGAAAGUGAUUCCGAUGAAGGAGAAGAACCUGUUGCCAUGGACGAUGAUGAAGAAGAAGAAGAAGAUUAGGUUACAUUUCUUUAAACAUGUACAUU